AUGUAUAAUCCCGUUGAUUCCAGAUUUUUCAAUACUGAUCAUCAUUCUCUUGAACAAUUUUUUCAUCUUGUGAAGUUGAUGGCUGAUGGACAUUGGUAUUCAGUUUACAAAAAACUGUCAUCCAUAGAAAUUGACUUUACAUCAGAAAUCACAGAAAUUGUAGAAAAAAAAAGAAAAUAUUCAUCUAGAGAAAGUUUUCCUAGAACAAACAAAAGACUUAAUUUCUGCAAACGCAACAUAACGAAAAUUCAUCCCCGAGUACUCUUAUGUACUCCUACUUUCCAUACUCUACGAGAACUUAUCCUAACAAACAAUCAGAUCUCGUUUCUCCCAAAGGAGUUAGGUACUUUGCCACAUCUUUAUAAGCUGUUGUUAUCAUACAAUUGCCUUGGAAACACUUGUUUAGAGAUCGCUAAAUGGGAAUGGAUGGAGCAAACUGCUAUUUCGCAGAGCCUGAAAGAAUUAUACAUAGAUAACAAUAAUCUCACUGAAUUGCCACUGCAAAUUGGAAAGCUACAAAGUUUAAUAAGCUUAGACGUUUCCUGCAAUUUGUUAAGAAAAUUACCGCAAAUUAUCGGAACUUUGCAACAUUUAGCAAGGUUGAAUGUGGUGUAUAAUCCUCUGUUAUAUUUACCAGGGAGUAUGAGAGGGAUGGAAUUGGAAAUGUUGUGUGCUAAAUUCGAUUAUCGGUUUGAUGAUUAUACAUCACCUACUCCAAAAGUGGUGAGCCUGAUGGAUUUAGCAGCUAAAGCAGUGAAAAAAUACAGGAUAUCAUACAAUACUUUACCAUCUAAAUUGGUCAGAUACUUAGACAAUAGCAAAUUUUGCUGUAUAUGCCGGAUGUCUUGUUUCCAAUCUGAUAUAAAAGGUUUCAAGCCAUUAUUAGAUAAUCCACGUUCUGGAAGUGUAAAGCGUUUACUUGUAUACCAAUAA